UGCCAUAUGUAAAUAAAAGUUGAUAUUGCAUGAAUAACAGAAAAAGUCAUUCAAUAAGUGAUUGAUGAGAAGGUCACGUAAUACGUGAAUAAUGAGAACGUGAAUGAAGAGAAAGUCGUUUAAUGUAUGAGUUCCUACGUAUUACAUAACUUUCUUGUCAUUUACAUAUUGAAUGGUUUUCUCAUAUACGUUAUUAAUGACAUACUCAUAAGAAAGAUGACAGGUAUACGAAUAAGAAAAACAUUGCUGCAAUUAUUAUGUAAUACUUUAGGAUUUCGUGAAUCAAAUGGAUGUCAGCAUGCUCACAUAUAUGCAUAUAGGAACGAAGGCUGACGUGUACAAUUACGUAAAUACGUACAAGUUAGCUGAGACAUUCAUAUGUACACCCACACACAGACACACACAUACACAGACACACACAUACACAUACAAAAGUACAAACACACAUACACAGACACGCACACACGCGCGAAAUCACAGCUUUCAUAAAAAUGAUACAGAGCUGGUUGAUGAGGAAGUAGUCGGUUAA